AUGGCUCCUAUGGACCGACAGACUCGAAAUAUUCCUCGCGCGAUGAGUUUUCCUCGUGUUUCGAAAGAGAUGAUAAAGAAUAUCACUCGAAGAGAUGGAUCUUCUACCACUAUCGUUCUUCUCGAUUUAUGCACUGCUUCAAAGCUUGAAGAUCACUUCGCUACCAUCAGAUCAGUCACAAGUCCGGUUGCUGUUCUGGAUCCUAGAUCGACGACGCCACAAGUCAAUGUAGGGGAGGCUACGAAUUUGAGCAGUGGUGCGAUUGCAGGGAUUGUAUUGGGUUCUAUAUUGGGUUUUCUGGUGUUGUUGGUGUUUGGGUAUAUGUGCUGUGCAGAUAGACGAUCUGCGGGCUGGGCUGCGAGGUAUGGUGCAGAUGGAGAUGGGGAUGGGGGUGAAAUGGUCUAUGGAGAUAGGAGAGAUAGUGGAGGAGAACGAGGAAGGGUUUGGAAAAGUGGUGCGAGAGGUGGGGGUGGAGGGGAAUGGGAAAUGAGGUGUGAAUGUGAUGAUGGUGAUGGUGAUGAGAUUAGGCGGCCGGAUAAAGCAGUAGUGAGAGAAAGGAGGAGCGGGAGAGAAAGGACUUAUAGAAGGAUGAGAAGAGAAAGGGAUAAGAAAUGGAACGAUAAUUAUGAUUAUGAUAGGAGAAAUAAAAGUCGCGAAUGGGAAAGAGGAGGGAAUAGAAGGAGGAGAGGGAGGAGGAGGAGGAGGAGGAGGAAUACAUGGGUAGUAGUUGAGAGAAGAGGAAUAUUUAGUUGGGCAAAACCGGUUAGGAAGUCAAGAGGAAGAAGUUUACGGAGGGAAAUGGAAAUGGAAAUGAGUGGGGAGUGGGGAGUGGGGAGUGGGGAGUGUGGGGAAUUUGGAAAGCCGGUGAGGAGCUGGAGGGGAGAGGGGAGGAAUAGGAGGAUGGGAUUCAGUGGUCGUGGGGGAACGUGUAAGGACGGAGGUAGGGAAGGAGGAGAUAAGAGGUUGAGAUUUGAUGUUCGGGAUUGA